AUGACAGCCGACGGGGUAAUAUUGCCACCGAUGUUGAGCCCCACUUUACCAAGUGACUGGGAGCUACCAGAACCGCUCAGCCCGACAAUUCCGUCCGAGUUCGAUCUGGAGCCCAAACGAGGUGCGGACGGGGAACCAGCCGAGAGCACGCCUGCAGCAUCGACGGCAGGUGUGCGGGCGACUGUCAAAAAGAAGGCAACUAAUGGAGAAGUUGCCCGCAAGAGCCUGUCCGCAUCGUCUCUUGACUCCAAACUAAAAAAGCCCGUUGAGCCCAAACGCAGGAUUGUGAUCUUAAAGUACCCCCCACAAAAGCCUGUUGACGAUGAUCCCAAGUACAAGGCACUGCGAUCGAAGAUGCACCACUGGGUAGAGCGGGCCCGCAGCAAAAAGCACGAAGCAGACGCCGCGAUGGGCAACCGACAGCACCACCAGGCAGCCGUUGCAGGACUGGAUUCCGCAAUUUGUUUUAUUAGGGCCUUCGAUCUCGAGGAUCGGGCCCAAAAGGUAGUCAAUCGAGAUCUCCAUGUCAAGUCUUGGUCAACUCUAGUGCCUUAUUUGGCCAAGAUGGCCACAUAUCUCGAAAGCGUCGAUUCAGACAUUGCAGGCAUGUGCUACCAGGUUCUUGCGGUUGUCAACAUUCGAAUCAUGCUCCACGGAGGCCGGGAAUCGCCGCUGGCGGCGAAACGGGCUAUUCAAGAGUUCCGAAGAGGUCUUGCUCUGCUGCCGUUCUCCUUGCUCGAGGAGAAGUACAGUCUGGGCUGGACGGCAUCAAAACUGAAUCCCAAUGGCUGUGAUCCUCUCAAUGAUCGCGCACUGCUACCCCUACACGCUAAUACCAACCCCCAAGAAGCUGCUGCGCUUGCUUUGCAUAUGGGCCGCGAAUGGGCCAGCCAAGAAGGCAUACCGUAUACUUGGGACGCUCAGGCAGCACUAUAA